UUUACCCUUUUAUCCCUUACCUUUACCUUUUUUUUUUUCCUGACUCCUUCCUUAUCAUGUAUGCGAGAGAGAGCUUGAAGGAGGGAGAAUAAAGGUGGGGGGGUUACCUGGACUCUGAAUGGCCCCACCUCUCCUCUUGAGGCCGUUGAGAACGAGUAAACACCGAACCACCUCAGCACUCUCUGCUGCAGCCUGUCAACACCAAGCGUGAGUGAAUGGAUAGAGACAGAGAACUCUAGACAAGUGUGAAACAACGGCCGAAAGCGAAACACUGACUGACUGCCUCUUCUGGGUUCGCUCCUCAACAUCUGGGAUACCGGCCCCAGAUCUGAUUGGAUGGUUUUGUCAGAAUGACAGCCGAAGAUCCUGCUUUAUCCUCGACCAUGAGCAAUAACGCUGCCCCUUCCAAGCCCUCCAAAUCCUCCGCCGCCUCCCACCAUUCCUUCCACGGACAAAUCAGCAUCCCAGAAGGCGUUGCGGGAGCUCCCAACGAGGCCGCGCUGGUGGCCUUGAUGGAGCGUACUGGCUACACUAUGGUCCAGGAAAAUGGUCAACGGAAAUACGGCCCCCCUCCCGGCUGGAGUAGCCCAUCUCCCCCUCGGGGGUGUGAAAUCUUCGUCGGCAAGAUCCCACGAGACGUUUAUGAGGACGAGCUGGUUCCCGUGUUUGAGUCUGUGGGACGCAUCUAUGAGAUGCGCCUGAUGAUGGACUUUGACGGGAAAAACCGGGGGUACGCAUUCGUGAUGUACACAGAGAAGCACGAGGCCAAGAGGGCCGUGAGGGAGCUGAAUAACUUUGAAGUGCGGCCCGGGCGUUUGCUGGGGGUCUGCUCCUCGGUGGACAACUGCCGCCUGUUCAUCGGCGGCAUUCCCAAGACCAAGAAGCGCGAGGAGAUCAUGGAGGAGGUUUCCAAGGUGACGGAGGGCGUGCUGGACGUGAUAGUUUAUGCCAGCGCUGCGGACAAGAUGAAGAACCGUGGCUUUGCCUUUGUAGAGUAUGAGUCACACCGCGCAGCCGCCAUGGCUCGUAGGAAGUUGAUGCCGGGCCGCAUUCAGCUGUGGGGCCACCAGAUCGCCGUAGACUGGGCCGAGCCAGAAAUAGACGUAGAUGAAGACGUGAUGGAGACGGUGAAGAUUCUCUACGUUAGGAAUCUAAUGAUGGAGACCAGUGAGGAGACAAUCAGACAGGUUUUCAGCCAGUGGAACCCAGGAUGUGUGGAGCGUGUGAAGAAAAUCCGCGACUACGCUUUUGUCCACUUCACAUCUCGAGAUGAUGCGGUGCAGGCAAAGGACCACCUCAAUGGCACAGAGAUCGAAGGGUCAUGCAUUGAGGUGACCCUUGCUAAGCCGGUAGAUAAAGAGCAGUACUCCCGCCAGAAGGCCUCCAAGGGGGCAGUGCCUGCCGCUCCGGAAGCUACUCAGCAGAGCUACGUAUACCAGUGUGACCCCUACACUUUGGCCUACUAUGGUUAUCCCUACAACACCCUCAUUGGACCCAACAGGGACUACUUUGUGAAAGGAUCCCCAAUGAUACAGAACAAUGCAGGUACUGUGCGGGGUCGUGGCCGUGCUGCUGCAGGUAAUCGUACCCCCGGGCCGCGUGGGUCAUACCUCGGAGGUUACUCCGCCGGUCGUGGCAUCUACAGCCGCUACCACGAGGGCAAGACCAAGCAGUCCGAAAAGCCCUAUGAGCUGAUGCCCAGUCUGGAGCUUGCUGCCUCUGUCAACCCAGUUGGCAUCAAACCCGGCACAAUGGCACUGCCCGCCCUGGGUGCCCAGUACCCGGUGUUUAGCACCGCUCCUGCCGCCAAGCUAAUGGAGGAGGGGAAGGUGCACACGGUGGAGCAUCUCAUCAACCCCCUGGCCAUGCAGCACCCUGAACACACCACCGCCAGCGCUGCUGCCUCAGUUCUACCCGCAGUAUCAACGCCUCCGCCCUUCCAGGGGCGCCCGAUCACUCCAGUCUACGCCAUGGCCCACAACGUGCAGCGCAUCCCGGGGGCCGGCGGCCUGUAUGGGGCCGGCUACGUCCCCAUCGCGAACUACGCGGCCAACACGGCCGCUCUGGCCGCCCUGCAGAAGAACGCGGCGGUGGCGGCCGCCGCGUACGGCGGCUACGCCGGCUACGCCGUGCCGCAGGCCUUUCCCGCCGCCGCCUUCCAGCUGCCCAUCCACGACGUCUACCAGACCUACUGACUCCGAGGGGGUCCACCAAGUUGUCCCAACCCGUGCCUGAACGACCCGUCGGCGGGCGUCUGUCCUCUGACACAGAACCAUCUCUUGAAUUCAGAUAUCUCGCAGAGUUUGUAGAAAAAUAUUGAGAGCACAGACAUUCACAAAAUGACUACCUGACAUCCUUUGUCCGUCGCUGUCGUCCUCAAUAUAUCCUGGACCCGUUUAGGCGAGCUGCUUAAGUUGUUUGUCAAUUUUCUUUUUUUUAUCAUUAUUAUUAUUUCUGAAUAUUGUAUCAAACGUAGACUACACACUCCUCCUUCCCAAAAAUAACCCCAACUAUUAAUAACACAAAGACUUCUCCCUUUCUCUCUGUAUCCCGCCACUUUGUUUCUAUGGCAACGGGAAUACUGAAGGUACAUUCGAGUAUUUAUGAAGGCAAGAUGCAUAUUUAAACUUUGUUAUUCUUGGAUCUCUAUUUGUAUUAUAAAGUAAAUAGUCUCUGAAAGAGGCCUUUACGUUCAGUAAUGAGUAGACACAAAAGAGAAGGAAGUACCAGUUUAACAGGAACUACUGAUAAAAGAGCAUACCAUGGUCUUUGGAUACUAAUAAUUUCUAGUUUUUAACUUGCAUUGAGUGAUAGUGUUGUAGGCAGGUCUACAUGCCGUAGGUGAUGCUUUCCGUCCAUGCCGGUUGAAUGUUUUUUGCUUUGAACAUGCCCGUUUGGUACGUUUUGGUUCAUUUAGUCGUAUUCUGUGCUGGUUUAUUUUCAAAUGAAGGUUUUAGGUGUACUGUGCUUGUUUGUUUGCCUGGAAUUAGCUCCAACAUGGUAUUGUCUGUGGUUCAGUCUUCUGAACUCUUUUGUUUGGUCGAUAGCUUAUUCAGACAAAAUCCUUGGGGGACAAAGACGAAAAAGAAAAACUGGAAAGACGUAAUGUGCAUGGAGAUAAUCCCCAUGGUUAGAGACUGUGCUGAUUGGGGAUUGAGACUGAAUAGAUGUUAUUUUCCCCCUUGCUAAUAUACGUGUUAUUGUUUUUGUUUAGUUCUUUUUCUCUUAAAUGGUGAACAAAUAUCUGCAGAAAUGAGACAUUUCUCUGUAAAAACUGGGAUGACAGCUCUCACAUUUGCCAAAAAAAAAAGAAAGCCAACCAAAAACACACAACACACUCCAGUAUAAAGACUUUGGAAAGACUCCUUGUUCCUGACUAAAGUGCCUUACCUCUCCACAUGGUAUGUGCAAGCCCAUGCUUUUUUGCCGUGCCUUUCAUAACCACGCUCGCCCAUGUGGUUGACACCAAAGGAACAGACUCAAAGCGUAGCACUGAGUCCUUUCCAUUUUUGUAUUUCCAAUAAACUCUCAAACUGGUAUUACUGCACUGUGGUGGGUGCCAGCUUCUGCAGUGAGAUGUGACACGGCUACCCUCACCUGGUUGUGUCUCCUCUCCGAGCCCUCUUGUGGCAACACUCCUCCUGCCCGUCCUUUUUGUUCGUGUGUGUGUGUUUUAAAAAAAAAAAAAAAAAAAAA